AUAGUACGAAACGAACAAAGCACGAUUUUUAACUAUUUUGAGGUGAGGUCAUUAGAAGGAUUUUGUAUUUUGCGUAUAAAGUAUCAAAUAAUAAAAUCCGCAAAAAUGCAGGGCAUGUCAUUAAAAUCACUUGCAAAACAUAAAGCUUUAAUUCCUCUAUAUUUCUGUGUCGCUUUGGGAUGUGCUGGAGCAGCUUUCUAUACCACUAGACUAGCUUUAAGAAAUCCCGAUGUCCAGUGGAGUAGAUCAGGAGACAUUUCUAAUGAAGAAUUUAGGCAGAAGCAAUAUAAGUUCUAUUCUCCCAAUGUUGACUACUCUAAAAUGGAAAGUCCAGCUCCAAAGUAUUAGGAUGACUGAAGAAUAGUGAUUAGUAGAUAUAUUGUAAAUGUUUCUAAAUAAAUUAUAACUACCUAAGAUUUGCCUUGUAAAUUAAAUAAAAAACAUUAAAAAAACUUCCAA